AUCGAUCCCCUCUCAACCAAAUCACCAUUGUCUUUAUAUAUAUAUUUCCUCUCCUCAAGUACCCUCCUCCCUCACUCUCUGAAAUUUGAUAUAUGAAACAGUCUCCAACAUAGGGAUUGAAAACCCUAAACAAUGACGUUACUCUCACUGUUCACUAUCCUCCUCCUCAUCUUGCACUCCAACUUCUCCUUAACCACGUCAACCACGACUAACGUUACAGCAGGAGUAGGAGCAGCAACAACAGUGUCCAAAGAUGAAGUAUCAUGCUCAAUGUGCAUUGAAUGUGAACACCCAUGCCCUCUGCCAUCACCACCACCGCCAGUGGUUGAGUGCCCGCCUCCACCUUCUCCUCCACCACCUCCUUCUCCACCACCACCACCUGUACCACGACCGCCAGUCAUCCCGGAAUGCCCACCACCACCCAAGCCUCCAUGUCCUGAAAAUUGCGAGUACCCUCCUCCAUUGCCACCUUCAAUUUGGCCACCUAGUCCGCCAUAUCCCAAUCCUUUUCCACCAUACCCUAACUACCCUUCAGUUCCUGACCAUUCUGUCCAUUUGAAAGCACAGCCAGUUGUCAUCUCCUUUGCUCUCUUCCUUGCUUUUCUCUGCUUCAUGUUCUAGCUAGCUAGCUAGAUGCUUAACUUUAAUUUCACGUAGUAAUUGCGCCUCGGUGGCACUCAGCUUUCUCUCGUAAUUCUUUGUCAGUACGUUGAUAUCUCUACGCUUAGGUAUUUUCUCUAGAAAUAACAGUACUGAUCUAUUUGGCAUUCUUGCGGCCUGCUUCUAAUUAUGCCAGGCUAGCUAGCUAGCUUCCCCGUGGAGAAAUAGGAGAAGGAAAGAAAGAAAUAACGUCAUUAGUUGAUUAAUGAAGAAAUCUAGUCUCCGGCUCCCUCGCUACUUAAUUUGUAAUGUUAUGCAUGUACGUUAUUAUCUUCUUUUAUGUCGAAAAAUAAAUUAUUAAUUUGUUCCA